UGUUCCUGCACCUCGCGAACGCCAAUCGCCCGUUGAGACAGGCACCAUGGGGAGGAGACCAGCAAGGUGCUACAGGCAAAUUAAAAACAAACCUUACCCAAAAUCACGCUACUGCCGUGGAGUUCCUGAUCCUAAGAUCAGAAUUUACGAUGUUGGGAUGAAAAAGAAAGGUGUCGAUGAGUUUCCUUUCUGCGUCCAUCUUGUUAGCUGGGAGAAAGAAAAUGUUUCAAGUGAGGCCCUGGAAGCUGCUAGGAUUGCAUGCAACAAAUAUAUGGCUAAAUUCGCCGGAAAGGAUGCAUUCCACUUGAGGGUUAGGGUACAUCCAUUCCACGUUCUUAGGAUUAACAAGAUGCUUUCAUGUGCUGGAGCUGAUAGGCUCCAAACAGGGAUGAGAGGUGCAUUUGGAAAGCCCCAAGGAACAUGUGCUAGAGUGGCUAUUGGUCAGGUCCUUCUUUCUGUUCGCUGCAAGGACAGCAACAGUCAUCAUGCUCAGGAAGCCCUCCGUCGUGCUAAGUUCAAGUUCCCGGGCCGCCAAAAGAUCAUUGUUAGCAGAAAAUGGGGCUUCACCAAAUUUAGCCGGACCGACUAUGUGAGGUUCAAGUCAGAGAACAGGAUUGUGCCGGAUGGUGUCAAUGCCAAGCUUCUUGGAUGCCAUGGACCUUUGGCUAACCGUGAGCCCGGAAGAGCUUUUCUGCACGCAACUGCUUAGGCCGUCUGUUUCAUCUUUGAAUCAGGAUAAUUAUUAAAGACUGAGUUUUGGUUUCUUAUUUGUUAUCGUUGCUGCAGCAAACCAUGCUAAGAGUUAACUUUUGUUUGUUCGAACUUUCAGUGGAAUGAAUUCUUUUCAGUGGCAUGACUUUAGUUUUGUUUUAUUCCAA